AUGCUCAAAGCCAUUGAAAAGAAGGCAGAAGAAUUAGGGCAAGAAGAAAAAGAUAGACCAAGAAAAAUGCGUGAAGAAGCCAUUGAUAAUCUAAAAAACCUGGUUUGCACCAAAGAAGAACUAGAAAUACCUAAAAUUAAAAAAAUCAUCGAAAAAUUUACCGGAAAGAUUAAUAAAGCUUCCCCGAAAGACAUUGAAGACAUUAAAGAAAAACAAAAAACACAUACCAAAGCAGAAGAACUUAAACUACGAGAUGAAGUAAAAGAUUAUAAAUUUAACAACAACGCCCUUUUUUAUGGUGCUCCACGAACAGGUAAAUCAGUAAUGGCAGAAAAGUUAGCUUAUGAGGCUAAUAAGUAUCCGUUAGUGGUGAUUCAAGGUUCUGCUUUAACUCCACUGGAUGAUUUUGGUUUUGAAAGAGAAGAAAAUGGUGAAGUUAAAUAUAUUCUCUUCAUUGAUGAAGCAAAUCAAAUCAAUACCAGCACAUUACUCCAAGAGCCUACUAAAUUAACUUUUCUCAAAGAAUGCAUGGGUGAGAAAGAAGACCAAGGCAACAGGCAGCAACAAAAUAGUAAUCAACAACCAAAUCAGCCACCAAAAAAGGUAAAAAUUAAAUGGGGAGAAUUCUUUGAAUUCUUUUGGCGAUUGUAUGAUAGCAAGCAGUUAGAAAGCUUUGAGGGUAAAUUUAUCAAUCCCCGGCAACCAAAAAUAGAACAAACAACAGAAGUAAUAGGAAAUAACUUAAUAAUAACUGCCAACAAAAUCAGCGAAGACAUCAGUAAAGCCCUUGAAACCAAACUCAAUGAGCUUAACCAAACCGCUAAUCAAACUAGACAAACCAUCCAAAGUAGCCAAACUGCCAUGAGCAACACCCUCAGCCAAAUCAUGGGCGAAAUCAGAGACCUAGGAGCGGCUUGCGUAAUUGCCACUGGCGGAGCAGCUGCCCCCUUACUGAUUGCUACUGUCGGAGGCGGUGUGGCUGGUCAUUUAAUCGGGAAUAAAGUCGAACAAGAAGAAAAGAAAGUUAAAAACCAAGCCAAAGACUUAGAACUGAAAAGCCAAACUAUUGAAACCCUAAAAAAAGAUAAUGAAAAGCUUCAGGCAGAAAAAAUCAAGGAAAAUCAAAAACUCCAAGAGAUAGAAAAAAAGAUUAAAAACAGAGACAAAGAGAUAGAAGAGGCGACAAGAAAAUCCAAAGACCCUAAUCUUUCGGAUGAAGAUAGGAAAAAGUGGAAAAAUCGAUUGCAAGUUCUUCUAAACCAACAAGAAGAUGAUAAAAAAGAAAGAGAUAGUAUCAUUAACGCAAUUAAACAAAUCGAGGAAAGAAUUAAAGACAAUAACAAAAACAUUACUACUGUUGGUUCGGGUUCCUCUGAUAAAGGAACAAUUAUGGAGUUUAUGGUUGAUAGCAAAAAAGAAAAACAGCAAGAGGAAUUAAGGGCAUUUGGUCGCUAUUUCCCUGAAGGUAACCGAAGAGAAGGUGUCUUGAGUGAGAUUAAAAAAGAUUUAGAGAAAAUCAAAAAAAUUAAUGACCACGAGAAGAAACUUCAAGAAAUUAACUUUGCUUUAAGCAAACAUAGAACCAAUGAAUCUCAUGCGAGAACUCAUUAUUUUAAUGGAAAAUUAAACGAAAUAAACAUCAGUCACGAGGAUACUCUAGGGAAAUAUAGCAAAUUGAUUAGAGAGGAGGAAGUUAUUGGUAAGAACAUGCACUAUGAGCCAGCUGCCAGGGAGACAGAGGUUUAUUAUACUUCUUCUGGUGGGGCUAAUUUAGAGGUAGAGAAAGCCCAAUUACAGCCUUUUAUUGAGCAAAUUUGCGGAGAGGGAACUCCCAUUCAAAUUAUUCAGCCUGCUGACCGGGAAAGUAAAGGCUAUGAGUGUGGGGUUUAUUUAGUGAAAUACCUGGCAGAGAUAUUGGAGACUGGGUUUUUGGAAUUAAAGCGGACUUAUAGUGCGGAAGAGUGCCAAGAGUUUAGAUGGGAGUGGAAGGAAAGGAUUGGGGAGGGGUGGUGUAAAUGA